AUGGCUGAUCAACCAACAAAUGCCACAAAUCCAAGCACUAUCAAUGCAAGAGGAGAUAUGACACCUCAAGAACGACAGCUUCAUGAAUUAAGGAGGCAAAGACAGGAGCUAAGGCGUCAACAACAACUACGUGCACAACAAAGAGCUCAACAACAAGGUACAGCAUUAGCGGCAGCUACUGAAGGUUCGCCAGCUCAAUCACCAUUUGCUCGAAGAGCUCAAGCACAAGGAGCAACAACAGGAGCAAUGAGGUCGCCAUUUCAAUCGCCAUUUGCGAGGACGAGAGAUCAACAACAACAAGGACAAGCGCAGUCGGAGAGUAUACAGAGGGUAACAAGAGAAGAAGGAUUGGUACCAUCACGCCCAGCUGCUACUGGUGCUAGUGGAUUUUCGAGACCAUCGCCAAGGAUUGGAGCCGAUAUAGCAGCGUCAUUGACAUCAGUACGAAGAACAAGUCGUGUGGAAGAACGUCCUGGGGAUACCACCAGGUCGACUUCAACUGCAAUAAGGCGGGAAGUAAGGACAGAACAAUCACCACCUUUUCCAGCUGCAGGUACAGGAGGAGGAGGAACAAAUUUGCCUCCACCGUCUCCACCAAGACGUGUACCUUCACCACCAGUUGCUGGACCUAGUGCACAACUACCUCCACCAAGACCCCAAGCUUCAUUUAAUACAACAACUGCUGGAUCUCCAGCAGGAGAACAUCGGAGGGUGACGGGAUCUACUGGGCGUAAAACUGUACCGGGCACAAUUACAUCAGCUUCCUCAAGAAGAGCACAAGCAUCAACAUCGUCCAACUUACGACAACGACCCCGUCAGCCAUCAGGAACUGCAUCCACAACCACUUCUCAAUUACCGCCACAAGCCCAAUCCCAACGUACAAGAACAGCACCACGUGUCAAAAAAAGAUAUAGACCAGGUACGUUGGCACUUCGAGAAAUUCGUCAUUUUCAAAAAUCAACCGACUUGUUACUACGUAAAUUACCAUUUGCAAGAUUGAUCAAAGAAAUUUCACUUGAUUUCGUUGGUCCUGAAUAUGGUCUCAGAUGGCAACUGAAUGCAAUUUUAGCAUUACAAGAAGCACUGGAAACUUAUUUGGUCCAUCUUUUGGAAGAUACUAAUUUAUGUGCAAUUCAUGCUAAACGAGUCACUAUUAUGCAAAAAGAUAUGCAAUUGGCAAGAAGGUUGAGGGGUAGGUACACCAUUUAA